AUUGUUUUCACUCUGUCGGUUCAAUUUACCGCAAAGUUGUUGGAGUCACAGCAAACGUUUUUGUGGAAAACUGAGUUGGGAUUGUUUUUUUUAUCGUCGUUGUCACAGCCCAGUUUAACCAAACAAACAUCUGUAGUCCGAUUUUAUGGGCAACAUUUAGAUUCCAGGGAAAUAUCUGCGUGUUGUUGAAGAAACCAUGUCAAACACAGACCGCAAAGCAGCUAAAGAUAUGACAGAGGCGAUGGAGAAAACGAUGCAGAGACUUCAAGGAAGAUUCCAGACAGUGUCUGAACAGCUGGAGUCUAAAAUGGAUGAGAUGGGAGCCCGCAUUGAUGACCUUGAGAAGAACGUGGCCGAGCUCAUGACGCAGGCUGGCAUGGAGGAGCAGGCCGCUUCAAAGUGAGCUCUUGACAUGUAACCUCCAAAAACGGAGGGGUUCCUAUUGCUUUGCCAAAAGUGAUUUCCCUUCACUGGUGACUACACGGUGUUCCACACAUUCAUCAAAAGUCUUGAAAUAGGACUUCUAAGUCGAUGUCAGUUGAUAUCACUUUAAGGUUUAGCCAAAUGUACGUGUUAUUCAAGGUGCUAACAAAUCAAUGUGUAUCUCUCAAUAAUAACACUAAUUACAGGUUAAGGAGCCGUCAAACAAUAUGCUAACAUAUUAUUUAUUUUGGUAAUAACAAUUUUAAUUGUUAGAUUCCAAUUGUUAGAAUCAGAUUACAACUGACCAAUGAGCUUAAGGGUACCCUGCAGAGAUUUAUUGUAUUUGUAUAUCUAUAGUUUCAGUGUUUUCUAACAUAAGCAUAUCUUGUUUUUACCCUAAAGGUGUAACAAACACAAUGGAUGCAUUUACUACCUCAUAAAAUAUUUGCAAAGACUUUUUUUUACGUCUUGAAACCUGCAUUGUAUACAUGUUAUACAUGGUCUUCUCCUCGUUACUGGCACAUUUACCCCCACCAGUUAUCCAUAUGUAAAGGCACAUUAUGUGGACGUGUGCCGUCAUGGAAACUAUGCGGUGACCUGCUUGUCAGAAGUGUAGGCUAUAAAGGUCAUAACAGUGUUGCUCUACGGUGCCUCUAGUGGUCAAACACUUAACAGGCGACCCUUAAACAUGGAGGAAGGCCAACAGGGUUGGGAAGGCCAGAUUUCAAUCUUGCCACCAAAGAAAAGUACUGCAUGCCAUGUGAGGCAGUCCAUAGCAAAACUAAGACAGUUGAGCUACAGUGUUGCUUGAAGUAUUAUUCUGAUGCACUCUAAAGCAAAAACACAACAUUUAACACGGGUAUCUUUAAAAAAAACAAGCUAUCGAAAUAGGUGUGUAUAGAAUAAAUUUAUAGUCCUUGUAUACACAGCGGAAAAUUUAUAUCAUGACUUCUGUAUCCGACCCAGCAGUUGGUUUUGCUCAGAUCAACAUCUUGAGGUUGUCUAUAUAUUAAACAACACUAUAUGUCACUUACAAUACACACUGUGGCAUCUAAUGAUUCAUGACUGUAUUGGAAGAAAAUCUAUUUUUGGGAAAUGUCUUGACUUACAGUGAGUUCACAGAAUAGCCCACACUGUGAACGACAAACUGCCCUUUGAUUGGUUUAAACUGCUGCCUGAAGGUUGUAAAUGAUUUGUUCAAAGAGAUGCAGCUCACCAUAUCUGGUUUUGUAUCAAUUGCACUGCAGCAAUCUAAAUAGUACUGCUUUCCAUAGUGAGUUAUCCAGUGGCCUUAAAACUGUGUGUGGUGAAAGUGGGGACUGUCACCGGUAGGUAGGCAUACUGCUAACAGAGACAAAUGUAUAUGCAAAUUGAUGGAUGGACUAUUGUUUUAUUGAUGACUUUAAAUUAGCUAUAUUUCUGGGAGAACAGACUGUUUAUCACAUCUAUGCAAUUUAUUUCUGAGCAUAAUAUUAUAUCAUGUAAUGUUUGUAACUGUAUCACGUGUCUUUUCACCCUAAAGUUUAAUGCACAUCAACUUAGUGGUUAGUAGAUACUGCAUCACUGUGCACCAAAGUUCACAUGAUACGGCCAAAUAAAGUUUUUUAAAAACAA